AUGCCCAUAACCUUUGGAUGCUCCCUGCCCAGCCGAGGGCCCAUGGCCAGCCCCCAGGCUUUGCGCUCCCUGGCCCAGCGGGCCGAGGAGUUGGGAUUUGAUUCCGCCUGGGUCAGCGACCAUAUUAUCCUGCCGCGGCAGGUGGACUCCUUCUAUCCCUAUUCGCCCGACGGUGUGGCGGUAUUCAGUCCCGACCAGCCCUACUACGACCCGCUUUCAACCCUGAACUUCCUGGCCGGCUGCACCCAGCGGCUGCGGCUGGGCACCCAUGUGCUCAUCAUUCCCUACCGCAACCCGGUGCUGACCGCCAAGAUGAUCGCCACCCUGGACACCCUGUCGGAAGGUCGCGUCACGCUGGGCAUCGGGGUGGGCUGGAUGGAGGAGGAAUUCCGGGCGCUGGGACUGGACACAUUUGCCGACCGGGGAGCGGUAACCAACGAGUACCUGCACCUCCGGGGCUGGCUUCCUGCCCAAGCCGGUACAGAAACCCCAUCCGCCCAUCUGGAUUGGGGCCACACCGGUCCGGCCCUGCGCCGCGCCGCCGAACUGGGCGAUGGCUGGAUGCCCAUUGGCCUGCGCCCGCCGGCCAUCCUGGAACCCGAGGAACUGGCGGCCAAGAUUGCUCAACUGCGCCGCCUGACCGUCCGCGCCGGCAGGCCCGAGGACGCGGUGACCCCCUGCUUCAGCACCGACAUUGUGUUUGACCGCACGGCCGGCCCAGACCGCAGGAUGAUGCACGGUAUUCCCGAGCAGAUAGCCGCCGACCUGCGCCAAUACCAUGACCUGGGUGUCCAGAACUUCAUCCUGGGCUUCCCCGCCACCAGCGUGGAGGGUCAACGGGAGGCCAUGGAGCAGUUUUCGAGAGAGGUUAUGUCGCUGAUGCCCAAUUAG